AUGCGACCUGACUUGCAGGAUUUUGUGAAAGAAGGAAGCCAAGUAGUCAAACUCAGCCUAGAAAGCGACAGCCAGUCCCGCUUCUUCUGGGUAAGCUCAGAAACCAAAGAAAUAAGAUGGAGUAAAAGUGCAAAAGCCCGAAAUUUUUAUCAAAAAAUCGAAAUUGAUCGACUUUUCGGAGUCAGAAGAUUUGACCAAUCUAAGGCUGGAAACAGCGAAUAUGGGUUUAUUUUAGAAACAAAAAACUUACUUACUUACUUAAUUAUCUGGUGUUUAAGGUGUCUAGUGCCGCAGCCCAAAAGGGCCUAUGGCAAAACUGAUGACGUAGGCGAGCCAUCUUGGCACAGGUCAGCCCCGUCCAAGCCUUCUAUCAACUCCUGCUUCACCAGCCUUGCUGCACGUCUCACCUGGCGCGUUGCUGUCGCCCUUAUCGCUCGACUGAGCUCCUGCGCGUGCUCCGCCUAAGGGUCAUCCUCCCGUGGGGAUGUGCUGAGAGGUAAAAGCCCGAAAUCUUGAGUGACUGAGGAGUGGUUCCUCUGGUUAUCCCCAGAGUUAAACCGCUAUUGCUGUCCAGAAGUCUUCGAGUGAAAACCUAACCCUAUAAAUAAAAUUCCAUGAGGGAGAGAAAAUUAGCAGAGCUAAUUUCUCUCGAACCGAAUGCCAUUUUAUUUAUAGAAACAAAAAACAAAGAAAUCAAAUUUACAGUUGAAAGCUACGAAAUUAGAGAAAAAUGAAUUGAAGCAUUAACGGAAAUCAUUGUUAACAAAACCAAUAUCUCCAGCUCUACCCCAAUUGCAGCUGAUGAAAAUGAUGGCUCUCCUUGGCUUAUGAAAAGAAGAACUGUCCCUCCCAGUGUACUCGGCGACUACAACUAUGAAAUGCCUGUGACAGGAUCCAGAGAACUGUUUGCUAAGACCAAUCAGACUAAACACCAUAAAGAAAUCCUUGAAGAAGUCCGUGAGCUCUUACAGCAACAAACAGGAAAACAAAUCUCAAUUGAAGAUUUGCCAAUAGUUUUAGAUGAAAUCAUCCAAAACAACCAAACCAAGAUUUGGGAAUCCAAGCAAGAAAUUUUGAGGCAAAAUGAAGAAAAUGACCCCAAAAAAUUGCAAAAUAAAGUAAGCUUACUUACUUACUUACUUAAUACGUAUACACAUGCUUAACGUCCACUCACGGGGUUAGCAAAUCCCAGGCCUUCCGCUCGCCUCUCGCCGCAUCGGGCCCACAGACCUCUGGGCAGGUCCGCUUCGUUCACCAAGGUGCGCCUCCUGGCAAGUGUUGCCGACUUCUACGGCUCAUGGAUGAGCUACUUGCUUGUGACAUGGGUUGCCAUUCCGAAAACCCAAAAAAUGGAUUUUCUGGUAGGCUAUCGGCAAAAAGGAAAAACACGUAGCCUGGGACGCAACGCCCAGUUUCACGCUAGGGAGUUGCCCGAUUGGUCCUUGGGACUUUGCUGGGCUUCCCCUUUCUAACUUCCGUGCCCUCCUUUCCCAUGAGGAAAAAAUCACCCUGAGAAUAGACUAGGGCUAGGCUCUGUACACAACCAGAAUUGCUUACCUAGCAUUGCUGUCCAUCUCUGAAUGGCAAAAUCUUGCCGGAUAUAAUUAAAAUAUGAGUCGAGGCUGCAUGGCCGGGAGGCCAUGCCCAGACGAAGACGCCAUAUUUUAAUUAUGCAAAAUAAAGUAAGCAGCUUGAGGAAGAGGAUAAAAAUGCUAGAAGUGGAGCAGGAGCAGAUUGACGCACAGGCGAAUUCAAUUGAAGAGCUGAAUAGAGAUAUAGCAAGAGAAAAAAAGCAAAAAGAAGAGCUUACAAAUAAAAUCCAUGAAAUAACACAGGAAAAAAAUAAAUAUGUCAAAGAAGGGUCCAUUUAUAAAGCAGACCUAGACGCAGCGAUAGAAAAAAAUGCUGUACUAGAAAAAGAGCUAUACAGAAGAGAAAAAAAAGAUAAAGAAGAAGACCCAAGAAUAGAUUUAUUAAGAAAAGGGUUCCAUGGAUAUUUACUUACCAUCGCAAACCCAGAGCUUGCAGAUGACUUAAAUUUAACACCUAGAAGACCUUAUGAAGAUGGUGUCUACAAAAAACGUCUAAUUACGCUGAACCAAGAUUGUUCACAAUUAAUAUGGAAGCCUAUCAGUUUAUUCAGCAACAAAAAAGCUGUUUUAAAAACCUCAGACAUUACAAGCGCUUUAGAAGGCACAGAAGACCCACAGAGACUAGAACCGUUCACAAAUAAUCGAUAUUUAACCAUUUUAGCGCCUGGGCUAACAUUGAUUAUUUCAGUGGAAAAAUCAUUUGGCUUUUAUUUAGAGGCUAUAAAAGAUUUAUAUUUGCAGGUAAAUAGCAUUCCAAUAUCACCUUGUGAUAUCCCUGCUCAUGACUUAUAUCAGCUAGGAAAUGACCAGCUGCAAAGCCAGAUGGUAAUUUAUGACCGUUUAAUAAAGAGAUAUAAAACUUCUCUUACUGAGUCAAUCUGUUAUGUAGACAAAGGUUCUGCUUCUCAGCAAGAAAUGCUCUUAAAUGAGCUUCAAACCUUAAAAAUCCUUAACGAAGAUAUGAUACAAGGCGUUUUGACUUCAGAUAUAGAAAACUAUUUUCGGCACGAAAAAGCUGUCCUUUUAGAGCGCUGCUCAGUUCUUGAAAAAAUUCUUGCCCAAGCUAAAGAAGAAAAAGACGCUAUUGAAAAAGCCAGUGUUUUAUCAAUAAAAUAA